UCUUUUCUGAAACCAGCUGUGUGUGGUAUGAUACCUUCUCUGGAUUCUGGGCAGCAGCAGGGACCCACAGCUCCCAGACAGCCACAUGAUCUUGAGGAGAAACACUGAUACUCUACAGUGUACCAUGUUGCUGAGCUGUGAUGUGUUGUAGAAUUAGAAGUAUUUAUCACCAACUAGCCAAGAUGAACAUGGUGAAGAGGAUCAUGGGGAGGCCGAGGCAGGAGGAGUGCAGCCCGCAGGACAAUGCCUUGGGACUGAUGCACCUCCGCCGUCUCUUCACUGAGCUGUGCCAUCCUCCCCGGCACAUGACUCAGAAGGAACAAGAAGAGAAAUUAUACAUGAUGCUGCCAGUGUUUAACAGGGUUUUUGGAAAUGCUCCGCCAAAUACAAUGACAGAAAAGUUUUCUGAUCUUCUGCAGUUCACAACCCAGGUCUCACGACUAAUGGUGACAGAAAUUCGAAGGAGAGCAUCAAACAAAUCCACAGAGGCUGCAAGUCGGGCCAUAGUCCAGUUCCUGGAGAUCAAUCAGAGUGAAGAAGCCAGUAGAGGCUGGAUGCUUCUGACAACAAUUAAUUUGUUGGCAUCCUCUGGUCAGAAAACCGUGGACUGCAUGACAACGAUGUCAGUGCCUUCCACCCUGGUUAAAUGUUUAUAUCUGUUUUUUGACCUUCCACAUGUGCCUGAGGCAGUUGGAGGUGCACAGAAUGAGCUACCUCUAGCAGAACGUCGAGGACUACUCCAGAAAGUUUUUGUACAGGUAUGAAAGGGACUGUUUUCCU